CCUCCUCCUCCUCCUCCUCCUCCUGCUUCCCCCGCUGGGAAGCUCCGAGGCAGCAGCCGCGCGGAUGUGAAAGUCCCCGGCUAGGGAGGGCAGGCUGCGGGGCCGGAGUAGGAGGCGGACAGGACUUGGGCUGCGGACGGGCGUCACGAGAGCUGCUCGAGCCGCGCAGGAAACAGGUUUAGCAUCGCGUGCCCCCUCCCUCCCCACUUCCCACCAGCUCCCCCCACUCGCCCGCCCCCCUCCCCAGUCCCUGCCCCUCCCUCCCGGCUCUCCGGCUGCUCGCUCCGGCGGCUCCAAAUGCACUCGGCUGCGCUGCAGCUCAGGAGGCGUCUGGAUGGCUCCUCCUGCCACGGGGGGCGCAGCCCGUAGCCCCCGGCUCCUGGGGGUGACGACCCCCCUGCCGCUGCCGCUACUGCUGCUGCUGCUGACGCCACUGCUGGCGGGGAGCUCCGCGCUGGAGAUCCAGAGGCGAUUCCCCUCGCCCACCCCGACCAACAACUUCGCCUUGGACGGCCCCGGCGGGAAGGUGUACCUGGCGGCAGUGAACAGGCUCUACCAGCUGUCGGCCAACUUGAGUCUGGAGGUAGAGGAGGCUGUGGGGCCGGUGCGGGACAACCCCUUGUGCCACGCCCCGCAGCUACCCCAGGCCUCCUGCGAGCACCCCAAGAUGCUGACCAACAACUACAACAAAAUCCUCCAGCUGGACCCUGGACAGGGCUUGGUGGUGGUCUGCGGCUCCGUCUACCAGGGCUUCUGCCAGCUGAGGCGCCUGGGCAACAUCUCGGCGGUGGCUGUGAGCUUCCCCCCGACGGCGGACGGCGCCGAGCCGGUGGCAGUCUUCCCCAGCAUGCUCAACGUAGCGGCCAACCACCCCAAUGCCUCCACAGUGGGCUUGGUGCUGGAGCCGCCGUCGGGGGUCCUCGGAGGUGCCAGUCCUGGGGGAACCAGGCUGCUGGUGGGAGCCACCUACACAGGCCUCGGGAGCCAGUUCUUCCCCCCCAACCAAAGCCUGGAGGACCACCGCUUUGAGAAUACCCCUGAGAUCGCCAUCCGCUCCCUGGACACGCGUGGCGACCUGGCCAAGCUCUUCACCUUUGACCUUAACCCCUCCGACGACAACAUCCUCAAGAUCAAGCAGGGGGUCAAGGCUCAGCACAAACUGGGCUUCGUCCGCGCCUUCCUGCACCCGGGCAGCAGCGGCGCCCCAGAGACACCCCACGGACGCGACGGACCCCAGAUGCCCGCAAAUCCCGCCUACGCCUACCUGGCCCUAAACAGCGAGGCCAAAGCUGGAGACAAGGAGAGCCAGUCUCACAGUCUGCUGGCCCGCAUCUGCCUGGGCUGGGGACCGGCCGGGGGCCCUGGCGGGGCGGCCGCGGAGACCAAGAAGCUCACCGAGUCCUACAUCCAGCUGAAGUUGCACUGCGGAGGGCAGGCGGGCGGCGAAGUCUUCAACCGUCUGGUGUCCGUGUUUCCGGCGGCGCCGGGGCCGAGCCGGCCGGAGGACCUGCUGUUCGGGGUGUUUGAGCGGGCGGCACCGGGCGGCACCGGGGCAGCCACGACACGCGCGCAAUCUGCCCUCUGUGUGUUCCGCUUUAGAGACAUCGAGGGCGCGAUCCGGGCUGCUCGGAACGCGUGCUUCGUGGACCCCUCGCCCGAUGUGGUCGCGGUCCUGGAGAGCGUAGUCCAGGGCACCGGGCCGGCUUGCGAGAAGAAAAGGAACAUCCAGCUCCAGCCAGAGCAGCUAGAUUGUGGUGCUGCCCAUCUCCAGCAUCCGCUGUCCAUCCUGCAGCCUCUCAAGGCCACACCAGUGUUUCGCUACCAGGGACUAACUUCUGUGGCUGUGGCCAGUGUCAACAACUACACUGUUGUGUUCCUGGGAACAGCCAAUGGGAGACUUCUCAAGAUCAACCUGAAUGGUACCAUGGACAUGAUGAGCAGGAAGUCUAUCACAGUGGCUUAUGGGGAAGCAGUCCACCACAUCAUGCAGUUUGAUCCCAUAGAUCCCAGCUACCUCUACGUGAUGACGUCCUACCAGAUGGCCAGGGUGAAAGUGGCUGUGUGUGAUCAGUACACAACCUGCACAGACUGCCUGGCAGCUGAGGAUGCCUACUGUGGCUGGUGUGCCAUGGAGACCAGGUGCUCCCUCCAGCAUGAGUGUGCCAACUCUACUCAACCCCAUUUCUGGACCAGUGCCAGUGAGGGCAUCCAGCGCUGCCCAUCCAUGACCAUCCUGCCCUCAGAAAUCAAUAUCCACAAGGCAUAUUCAGGUAUGAUCAUCCAAAUCAGUGGGAACAUGCCCAGUCUGAGUGGGAUGGAGAUGGCCUGUGACUAUGGGAAUGGCAUCCACACUGUGGCCAAGGUCCCUGGCCAAGACUUCAGCCACCAGAUCGCUUUCUGCAACUUCCUUCCAAGGGACAAGUAUCCUGACUUCCCAUCAGACCAAGACCACGUGACCGUCCAGACAGCUGUGCAAGUCAAUGGCAGAAACAUCGUCUGGGCCAAUUUCACCAUCUAUGACUGUACACGCACGGGAAGAGUCUACCCACAUACAGCAUGCACCAGCUGUCUGUCCACCCGAUGGCCCUGUUUCUGGUGCAUUCAGCAGCAUACCUGUGUCUCCAAUGUGUCAGAGUGUGGGAACACACCGAACCUCACAGACAGCCAGGGCUGCCCCAGGAUCCUGCCUAUGCCACUAGCCCCAGUGCCCACAGGAGGCCUGCAGAACAUCCAUGUCUCAUUGGCCAACACUGACUUCAUCUCCCAGGAUUUGUCACUGGCGUGCAACUUUGGAAGCGAUGAGAACUUUGAAGCCACAUGGGUCAACGCCUCAGAAAUUCAGUGUAGCAAUGUCGUGCUCCACACCCCUCAAAGGAGCCAGAUUUUCCCAGUAAACCUUCAGCUAAAGGGCAAACCAGACCGAUUUAUUGACAGCCCCGAGAAGAUGACAGUGGAGGUCUACAACUGCGCCAUGGGGAGCACAGACUGUUCUCAGUGCAUGGGGAGAGAGGACCUGGGCCACCGAUGUAUCUGGAAUGAGGGCUGUCGACUGAAUCAGAAUCCCCAGCCAGUCACAACCACCUGCCCUGCCCCAGAGAUCAGGAAGAUCGAGCCCCUGAGCGGCCCCCUGGAAGGAGGGACCCUUCUGACGAUCCGUGGGAAGAACCUAGGGCGCAGAUUCAGCGAAGUGGCCCACAGCACAUGGAUCGGCGGUGUGGCCUGUGAACCUCUCGAAAGCAGAUACAUCGUCUCUGAGGAGAUCGUUUGCUGGACUGGCCCAUCACCCAGCCCCUUUUCUGAUGUCAUAACUGUUAACGUGAGCAAAGAGGGGAAGUCGAGGGAACGCUAUUCCUAUGUGCUUCCAGUUGUCUAUUCCAUGGAACCAGAUAUUGGCCCAAAGGCUGGGGGCACCAGAGUGACUAUCCGAGGGAGUGACCUUGGAGUGGGAUCUGAACUCCAUGUCCUGGUCAAUGACACCAAACAGUGUUUGAAUCUCGUGCGCACUGACAGCACCAUCACCUGCACCAUGCCAAGAGGGGAGCUGCUUGCCACUGUCCGUGUCUGUGUGCGUUUCGAGCACAAAUCUUGCAUCGGCGGCAACAUUACUUUUGACUACAUGAGGGACCCAAUCAUCACAGCCAUCAGUCCCAGAAGGAGCCCAGUCAGUGGAGGGAGAACCAUCACUGUGGAGGGCAGUCGGUUCGACAUGGUGCAGAACGUGUCCAUGAUGGUGAAUUACAUUGGCAAGGAGCAGACGCUCUGUAAAGUUCUUAAUUCCACCCUAAUCACCUGCCCCUCCCCUGGGGCCACAGCCAACAAGUCAGCACCUGUGAAUUUUUUCAUCAAUGGGCAACCAUAUGAGGAUGAGCAGGUCGCCAUGGAAGACCCUGGAGAACCUAAGAAUUUGCUUCCCAGCAGCAGGUUCAGCCUGGAGUAUCUACCUGAUCCCCAGUUCUCCACUGCCAAGAGAGAAAAAUGGAUUAAACACCAUCCAGGGGAGCCUCUCACCCUGGUCAUCCACAAAGAGCAUGACAACCUGGGUCUGGAGUGCCGCGAGUAUCAAGUGAAGAUUGGCCAGACUUCCUGCGAGAUCCAGAUUGUCUCGGACAGAGUUAUUCACUGCUCAGUCAACGAGUCCCUGAGCACCUCGGAGGGGCACCUGCCCAUCACGAUCCAGGUUGGGAAUUUCAACCAGACCAUCGCCACCCUGCAGCUGGGCGGGAGCGAGACAGCCAUCACCGUCUCUGUUGUCAUCUGUAGCGUCCUGCUCCUCCUGUCCAUCGUGGGGCUGUUUGUUUUUUGUACCAAGAGCCGCAGAGCUGAGCGAUACUGGCAGAAAACUUUACUGCAGAUGGAAGAAAUGGAAUCCCAGAUCCGUGAAGAAAUCCGGAAAGGCUUUGCUGAACUGCAGACAGAUAUGACGGACCUGACCAAGGAGCUGAACCGAAGCCAGGGCAUCCCUUUCCUGGAAUACAAGCACUUUGUGACUCGCACUUUCUUCCCCAAGUGUUCCUCCCUCUACGAGGAGCGAUACAUACUGCCUUCUCAGCCGCUCAACUCCCAGGGGGGAGCUCAGGUCCAGGAAACUCAUCCGCUACUAUUGGGGGAGUGGAAAAUCCCCGAGAGCUGCCGGCCCAAUAUGGAGGAAGGGAUUGCCUUGUUCUCCACCUUACUCAACAACAAGCAUUUCCUCAUUGUCUUUGUCCACGCUUUGGAACAGCAAAAGGACUUUGCCGUUCGAGACAGGUGCAACCUGGCCUCCCUGCUCACCAUCGCCUUGCAUGGGAAGCUGGAAUAUUACACCAGCAUCAUGAAGGACCUGCUGGUGGACCUCAUCGAUGCCUCUGCCUCCAAGAAUCCCAAGCUGAUGCUUCGCCGGACAGAGUCUGUGGUAGAGAAGAUGCUCACCAAUUGGAUGUCCAUCUGCAUGUACAGUUACCUGCGGGAGACUGUGGGUGAGCCCUUCUUCCUGCUCCUGUGUGCCAUCAAACAGCAGAUCAACAAGGGAUCCAUCGACGCGAUCACUGGGAAGGCUCGCUACACGCUCAAUGAGGAGUGGCUGCUGAGAGAGAACAUUGAAGCCAAGCCCAGAAACCUUAACGUGUCCUUCCAGGGCUGUGGCAUGGACUCUCUGAGUGUUCGGGCCAUGGACACAGACACGCUGACUCAGGUGAAGGAGAAGAUCCUGGAGGCUUUCUGCAAGAAUGUGCCCUAUUCCCAGUGGCCUAGGGUGGAGGAGGUUGACUUGGAGUGGUUCGCUUCAAGCACCCAUAGUUACAUUCUACGAGACCUGGAUGACACUUCCGUGGUAGAAGAUGGCCGAAAGAAGCUCAAUACUUUAGCACAUUACAAGAUUCCUGAAGGAGCUUCACUGGCCAUGAGCCUGACAGACAAGAAGGACGCCACUCUAAGUCGAGUGAAGGAUUUGGACACUGAAAAAUAUUUUCAUUUAGUGCUUCCUACUGACGAAUUGAUUGAGAGUAAGAAGUCACACAAGCAAAGCCAUAGGAAGAAGGUUCUCCCUGAGAUCUACUUGACUAGGUUGCUUUCAACCAAGGGCACACUGCAGAAAUUUCUGGACGACCUGUUCAAAGCCAUCCUCAGCAUCCGGGAAGACAAGCCUCCCUUGGCCAUCAAGUAUUUCUUUGAUUUCUUGGAAGAACAGGCUGAGAAGAGAGGAAUCACAGACCCAGAUACUUUGCACAUUUGGAAAACCAACAGCCUACCUCUGCGAUUCUGGGUCAACAUUCUGAAGAACCCCCAGUUUGUCUUUGACAUCGACAAGACUGAUCACAUAGAUGCCUGUCUUUCUGUCAUUGCCCAAGCCUUCAUUGAUGCCUGCUCCAUCUCCGACCUACAGUUAGGCAAGGAUUCACCAACCAAUAAGCUUCUAUAUGCCAAGGAAAUUCCUGAGUACAGGAAAAUUGUUCAAAGAUACUACAAACAGAUUCAUGAUAUGACUCCUCUCAGUGAGCAGGAAAUGAAUGCCCACCUUGCUGAAGAAUCCCGGAAAUAUCGGAAUGAGUUCAACACUAAGGUUGCCAUGGCUGAGAUUUACAAAUAUGCCAAGAGAUACCGUCCUCAGAUUAUGGCAGCAUUAGAGACAAAUGCCACCACUCGAAGGACACAGUUGCAGCAUAAGUUUGAACAAGUCAUUGCACUCAUGGAAGAUAACAUCUAUGAAUGCUGCAGUGAGGCCUGAGACCUUCUCCUAGUCGGGCUGGCCCUGCCCUACCCCCCACCCCCAGAAGUGACCUUCUGCUAUCCAGUGCACUGCUAACUCUGAGACGUCUUUUUAAAAAAAAGUAUAUAUAUAUAUAUAUAUAUGAAUAUAUAUAAUAUAGACAAUAAAUAUCUAUUUUAUGGUGUGCUGUAUGGUAAAGAAGAGAAAAAAAGAAGAAGAAAGCAACCCAGGGACAAAACCCCAAAAUGCAGGAUAGGAUGGGUGACCCACUGAAGCCAUUUUUUGUCCUUUCUUUGAUUCAUUUUAUUUUUUAAACCACUUGCACAGCCCCAAGGCUGAAGAAGAACAGAGAUGUCUACUAGGACUUCACCGAAAAUUCUUCCCUCCACUGGGGCAAUCAGUUCCCCACAGACUCCCCCUAGGGAGAAGAGCUGAUCACCCAGAAAGAGAGAAUGCUGGUCCAAGCUGAGCCACAGCUGGACCACCUCUGGCCACUGCCUCCUUGCCCACCUUAGUCCUUUGUCAUCAUCUUCCUUCUGUCCAAGCUACCGACACGUGGUCUCUUUGUCCAUUACCAUUUCUACAGAGAUGCCUGGCCCAUAGGUGGAUGGCAAGGGAGAGAGAAUAGAUGGAAUGAUGCCAUGGACCCAACUGAAGCUAGAGAAUCGAGGGACUUAGAGGGGUAGAAAUCUGUUGCUUCUACCCUCUAAGUUCUGCUACCUUAACUCUUUGCCCAGACUCUGGGGCGACUGGUACCCAGCAGAGAGCUGGCCCACAGAAUGAAGAAUAUGCAACUCACUUCCUGAUGGGUGAACCAUCCCCAGCCUCUACCAAGCACACUCAUUCCAGGGCGUAUCCAUCCUGUCCCAAUGGCCUCAAGAGAGAGUGCUAUCUCAUAGAUGCAGUGGAGUGGGGGGAAAAAUAUGGAUUUGGAUUCAGAGAUCUUGGUUCACAUUCUGGCUCUGCUGCUUCUUGCCUCUGUGACCUUGGAUGAGUCAUUGGGCUUCCCUUUCCUUAUGUGAAAAGAGAAAGGGAAGGAUGUAGGAGUAGUGACCUCUAAGGUGCCUUCCAGCUCUAAGACCUAAGAUCUUUGUGACAAGGCAAAGAAGAAUGUGUGUUUGGGGAGAGAGGGCUGGGGCCUCAGGCCCUGGGAUAACCUGUAUCUGGGGAGAUACUCUACUCUAUCCUCCAGGAGAGAGAUAAAUUUCCUUCCAUCCUACAUCCCAGAAUGGCUGGAGUUUAAGUCCAGGCCCUGGCUCCAUUCAGGCUAAGAGCCAGGCAAAAGGAGAAGCCUUCGUUCUGAGGCAUCUUGCGCAUCCAAGAAAUAUUCCUGGGCACAGAUUGAGAACUCCAGGGAUAUUUUUCCUAAUUCUCACACCACUGUUCCCCUGAUCCCACUUCAUCCAGCCUCUGAACUUGUCUCCACCGACAUUCCCAAAGGAGCACACACACACUCACCCUUCCCAAAGCCACUUGCGCCUUCCAGGGACUUAGAACUGCACAAAGGUUGACUCCAGACCAGGACAGCUGGAUGGACCGUGUGGAAGGCCAAGCAGAGGACGGGUAUCGGGGCUCUGACUGUCCCCAUGACCAAAGGGGGACCAGCGCCAACCAACUACUACCUCAUCCAAGCUAGGCCCUGGAGGGGAGAUGCUGGCAUCGACCGCAGUGGUGCCACCAGCCUUAACAAGCAAAUGGCCAUUUUAUUUGUUCUUUGGUUCAGUGACAACAAUGAAAUCCCCAAGUGAAUGGGGAGGGGGUUGGUUUGCAGGCGUGUCACCUAGAUUUGCAGUUUCCAAGGCGCCUGCUGGGCAUUCCUACCCGGAUGGUGACAAUUUCAAAUUUCACACGGAGGGGACGGGCUGAUGGAAGCUGAGAUGGUGAGAACAUAUGGAUGAGAAGCUGCCUUCCAUGACAAGUGGGAAGCUGGGCCUGUAUAUAUAUUCCACCACAAACCAGUUCUCCCUUGUCUACGUGUCUGGAAUAAUGUACUGGAUGGAUGGACGGACCAGGGUUCUGCAAGUAGCCAGACCCAGAGAGGAGGAGGGAACAACAGAGGGGGCCAAGAGACACUAGGGAAUUAAAAGAGGCGGCUCUGAGAGCACGUCUCUUGGAGGGGAGGAAUUUCCAGAUGAACCAGGGUUGUAGCUGGGCUACGCUGGACUUUCAGAAGAGGUUUCUAAAAAUAGCACCACUUUUUUUUUUGCUAAGUUUUUUAUAAGAAAAAAACACACACACAAAUCACACACAAACUGUGAAUAGCAGCCAGAUUGCGUGAAGGAUACAGAGGCUGAUGAGAAGGAAUGAAAUGGGAAGAUGGGAAUUUUGUAGCAAAAAUGGGAGGAAACAGUGGUCCUCCCUAGCCCCUCGGACCUAGAAGUGCCUGGGAUGGGGGCGAUCUUCACUUAACACUGGAAAGGUAACACUCCUCAGAAAGCAGUGCUCCUCACAGAGGUGACAGAGGGAGGUUAUACCCCAAUUCCCCACUCCCCAGUUAAAAAGCCAAAAAAGCAUUUUUAAUUAAAGAUACCCCACCCCACGAACCCUCACACUGGUCCUUUCAAGGGAGGGAGACCAAGCCCCUGGUUUUUCUUUCCUUUUGUGGAAUGAUGGGCAAAGGGGAUCUAUACUGCUGUUCAAGAGGAUGGGUGGGGAGGGAGGGAGCUUUGGAAACUUCUUUGUAAUAAAAACAGGAUGAGAGAA